AGCAAGGAGCCGGGAGGUGGCAGCGAAUCGAGCCGGGAGGACGGCUGCAGCCCCGCAGUCAGAGCUGCGGGAGGAGGCGGCGGCGGCGGCGGAGGAGGAGGAGUCCUCCCCGGAGCUGAAGGAUCGUAAGGAGGAUGCCAAAGUGAUGGAGGACGAAGGACAGACCAAAAUCAAGCAGAGGCGCAGUCGGACCAAUUUCACCUUGGAGCAGCUGAACGAGCUGGAGAGACUCUUCGAUGAGACGCACUACCCAGACGCCUUCAUGCGGGAAGAGUUGAGCCAGAGGCUGGGGCUGUCCGAGGCCCGAGUGCAGGUUUGGUUUCAAAAUCGAAGAGCUAAAUGUAGAAAACAAGAGAAUCAACUACAUAAAGGCGUGCUAAUAGGAGCAGCAAGCCAGUUUGAAGCUUGUAGAGUCGCACCAUAUGUCAACGUAGGUGCACUGAGGAUGCCAUUUCAGCAGGUUCAGGCUCAGCUGCAGCUGGACAGCGCCGUGGCAGCGCACGCGCACCACCACCUCCACCCGCACCUGGCGGCCCGCCCCUAUAUGAUGUUCCCCGCGCCGCCCUUCGGCCUCCCGCUGGCCACGUUGGCAGCCGAGGUCGCCUCGGCCGCUUCUGUGGUGGCGGCCGCCGCGGCGGCCAAGACCACUAGCAAGAACUCAGGCAUCGCAGACCUCAGACUGAAGCCAAAAAGCACGCGGCGGUCCCUGGGCCGUGGACUUCGCUGCUGCCCCCACCUGGUCCUCCUCAACCCUCAUCCCAGCCUUAUCCUCCGCCCACUCGUUCAGUCCUCUAACCCCUCCCGUGCUGCCGGUAUCAUCCAUCCCUUUUCUCCUUCAUUCCCCUUGCCCUCCUUUUCUGAAGGGACUCCGGCGCCUAGUCCCAGUUCCAAGGACACCCAGGGCCAAAGCCCUUACACACGCCCCCCCCACCCCGUCUCGCCCCUGGGGCCAGGAUAG